AUGGAGAACGUUCUUAUUAUCGGAGCCACUGGAAACAUCGGUGUCGCAGCAGUACUUGGAGCCCUGCAAUCUAAGCGGCAUGUGCUUGCAAUGGUGAGGAAUCAGGCCUCUGCAGAAAAAUUAUUCAAACAUGUGGGAACAAAGAACGGCAUCACAACAGUCGAGGCCGACAUCAUGUCGGAAGGAGGAGUGCAAACUGUGGUGGACCAAGUCCGGGCUGGGAAACUGCCAGGUUUUCAACACGUUUACUCUGCUGCUGGAAGUGCAUACGGUGCAACGCCUUUGACUGAACUAACCCUCAAGGAAUUGCGUCAAAUCAUGAGUGUCAACUUUGAAUCCAACUUUUGUAAGAUCUCUAUAGCUGUAGUAGCAGCUUUGAUAUACCCACUAACUUCCAUAGUCGCUUAUCGUGCAACCAUCCCAUGUCUGCUGGAGCAAAAGAAAGCAACUAGCUUCACACUCUGCACCGGAGCACAGGGUGACAUUGGGGCUCGCGCGGCAACAGCUAUCUCACAAGGUCCCCUCUUCUCGAUGGCAAAUGUGGCCUGCCGUGACAGUACUGAUUCGAGCGUUCGCUUCAACGAAGUGUAUCUUAAUUGUCGGGUUGAAGUUGAUUCAUCGGCCGCUCAAACGGGAGCAAUGAAAUCGUCGGAUUUUGCUCGUGCUUAUACGGAACUGCUUUCCAGACCGGAAAUCAAGAGUUCUCGCAUAAUUGUAUCCACGCAUGAUGAUCUGAAGGAUUUGAAGCACAAGAAGAAGAUUGUUUAG